CCCACUGUUCUCUCUUAUCUUGUUCUUCAUUUCCUUUAUCAAUCAGGACACGUGUCAUGCAUCAGAUGGCACUGUGUUCUCUUCACUCUUCUUCUUCCUCCUUCUUUCUUCUUCCUUUCACUCCACUACUAUCUCACUCUUCUCUUUCUCUCUCUAAAAAACUCCUUUCCCUUUUGAUCCUUCACGUAAUCACGUUUCUUUCUCCACUAACUCCUGAUUUUCCGUUUCGAUCACACCUCAUUCGGUUACCGGAAUAUUCCCCCUCACCUCCUCUCUCUCUCUCUCUCUUCGCUGUCGGAGAACCAAAGAGUUCACGUCAAAAUCAUUUUGUUCUGGAAUGGGAAGUUGACUUUCUAUGGUACAUGCCGUACAAUUGUGAUUAAAAGGGUAUUGGCAAUUUAGCCAUGGGGGGUAUAUGUUCUAGGAAGAGGGAACAACAAGUCAUGGAAGAUGAUCUGCAUAGAGGGGUCUUAGGAAGAUACUGCAGAAGUACCAGUACUAAAUGGCCAGGGGCAAAAAGUUUUCGUUCCAAGCCAAAUAAUUUCCCCGGAGGGGGUACAUGCCCCUCACUCAUGGAGUUAUGCAUUCAUAAGAUAGGCGAGGACUUCCGUAAAUAUGAUUCUUUCUCAAUGCUUCCACCAGACCUAAGCCAGCAAAUCUUCAAUGAACUGGUGGAUGCUCAGUGCCUAACAGAAGCAUAUAUUGAAGCUUUUCGAGAUUGUGCUCUUCGGGAUGUUUUGUUGGGUGAAUACCCUGGAGUGAAUGAUGGUUGGAUAGAUGUCAUCUCUUCGCAGAGGUCAUCUUUACUUUCAGUUGAUCUUUCUGGUUCAACUGUGACUGAUAAAGGAUUGCGUCUACUGAAGGACAGCUCAAAUCUCCAAUCAUUAACUCUCGAUUACUGUGACCAGUUUUCUGAACAUGGUCUCAAAUACGUUAGUGGUCUUUUGAACUUGACUUUCUUGAGCAUCAGGAAGAGUAGCACUGUUACACCUGAUGGAAUGCGUGCUUUCUCAAGCUUAGUUAACUUGGAGAAAUUGGACUUAGAGAGGUGUUCAGAGAUUCAUGGUGGAUUUGUUCAUCUUAAAGGUCUGAAAAAGCUUGAGUCUCUCAACAUUGCAUGCUGUAAAUGUAUUAUGGAUUCAGACAUGCAAGCAAUCUCAGGUCUUAUAAAUCUGAAGGAGUUGCAAAUUUCCAAUAGCAGUAUUACUGAUCAUGGAGUUGCUUAUUUAAGAGGUUUGCAGAAGCUUACCACAUUGAAUGCUGAAGGAUGCAAAAUUACUUCUGCAUGUUUAGAGUCUAUUGCUGCCUUAGCAGCCCUGGAAUCUUUAAAUCUCAACAGGUGCUGUCUUUCUGAUGAAGAAUUUGAGAACCUCUCUAGUCUUAAAACCUUGAAGAGGCUAAGUCUGGCAUUUAACAGGAUCACAGAUGCCUGUUUAGUACAUCUGAAAGGUUUAGUAAAUUUGGAGUAUUUAAAUUUGGAUUCCUGCAAAAUAGGCGAUGAAGGGCUUGCCAAUUUGAUAGGCCUCACUCUCUUGAGAAGUCUAGUGUUGUCAGACACUGAAGUUGGUUCCAGCGGGCUGCGUCAUAUAUCAGGUUUACACAAACUGGAAGAUUUGAACCUGUCAUUUACCUCAGUAAAUGAUGCUAGCCUGAAAAGACUAUCAGGACUGACAAAUCUUAAAUCACUUAAUCUGGACGCCCGACAGAUUACUGAUGUUGGACUUGCAAAUCUCACAAGUUUGAGUGGAUUGAUAAAAUUGGAUCUCUUUGGAGCUCGUAUUUCAGACGCCGGAACUGUAUUUUUAAAAUCUUUCAAGAACCUGCAAUUCCUUGAAAUAUGUGGUGGAGGAUUAACUGAUGGAGGCGUAAAACACAUAAAAGAGAUGACCUCCCUUACACAGCUUAACCUGUCACAGAAUUGCAACUUGACGGAUAAAACUUUGGAAUUGCUAUCUGGGAUGACUGCGUUGAGGUCACUUAAUGUUUCAAAUUCGCGCAUAACCAACGAGGGAUUGCGGUAUCUGAAGCCGCUAAAGAAGGUUACUGCAGCUGAAAUCAAGAAGCUUCAGUCCUCUGACCUCCCAAAUUUGAUAAGCUUUCGGCCAGAAUAGACCAACAGAUGAUCGGAGAAUUAUGUUCUCAGGCUUGUCAACAAUUCUCUGUAUAUAUCCAUAUCUCCCUGUUCUGGAUAUUAUAAAUGAUCAUUACAGGGGGUGGGUAAUUCUAGAAAAUGUGUACAUAAGCUAUUAUGCAUGCAACAAUGUAAUUAAGCUUUUAUUUUGCAUGUUGUGGUUACCCGAGAAUAAUUGUACAUAAAUCAUCAUUUUCCUUUUCUCCUUUCGCAGUUCAGUUGUACACUUUGUACAUGCCUAUUUGGGCUGCUAUCUACGUUCUAAUGCAUGUGAUAAAAUUGUUGCAGAGUUUCUGAUUAAGUAUA